AUGACCGCUUCAUUACUCCUGCACUCGCACUGGAUUGACCCGGUGAUGUUUCUCUACGACAACAGCUUGGAUGAAAGAAACAAGAACAUGGAAGGGUUUACCGGAGGUAAUUUUGCCGCAAACCAGUGCAGGAAUUUGUUAGCGCAUCCGACCUCGCUGGCUCCGAGCACCACCUACACUGAGGUGCCAGUCUCUGGCAUGAGAGAGCCUGGCAAACAAUGCAGCCCCUGUUCUGCCACUCAGAGCUCACCCAAUGCGUCUUUGCCGUAUGGAUAUUUUGGCAGCAGCUAUUACCCAUGUAGGAUGUCACACGGGAGCGUGAAGGCUUGCGCGCAGUCCUCUGGCUAUGGCGAGAAAUAUAUGGACUCCUCGGUCUCUGGUGAGGACUUUUCCACCAGAGCGAAAGAAUUUGCGUUUUAUCAGGGUUAUUCCUCGGCUCCUUACCAGCCCAGCUACUUGGACGUCCCAGUUGUACCUGGGCUGAGCGCGCCAUCUGAGCCAAGACAUGAAUCUCUGUUGCCUAUGGAACCCUACCAGCCAUGGGCCAUCACUAAUGGUUGGAGUGGUCAAGUUUAUUGUGCCAAGGAGCAGCCACAGUCGAAUCCGCUGUGGAAAUCCUCGUUACAAGACACCAUACCUGGUGGGGACAACUCUAUGCGCCGUGGAAGAAAGAAGCGUGUUCCCUACACCAAAGUGCAGCUUAAAGAACUGGAAAGGGAGUACGCCACCAAUAAAUUCAUCACCAAAGACAAAAGGAGGAGAAUAUCCGCCCAGACUAAUCUGACAGAAAGACAAGUGACAAUCUGGUUUCAGAACAGGCGCGUGAAGGAGAAGAAAAUCGUCAAUAAAUUCAAGAAUUCCAGUUAG